CAUCACUUAAGAGAAAACAUUCAGAGGCACUUUCGCAUUUCGUCGACUUCUCUUACCUUAAGUGAUAUGGAGGGUGAUAUGCAUUUCAGUCAUGAUCAUCCAUUGAUUUCCUUUCGAGAUGAGAUGGAAGAGGAUGCAUUUACUGAUAACUAUCAUUCUUGUAAAAUUUGUGGUUUACCAAUUCUAUUUGCUCCCUCCUACACUUGCACCUUCGCUGCUUGUGAUUUUUUUCUGCACGAAUCUUGUGCGCACAAAAUCCAACCAGUAAUCAUCCAUCCCAAUCAUAAAGACCACGCCCUUUGUCUCCAAGUAGGAAGUCCCAAUUUCUUCUACAAAAGUGUAGAUAGCGAUUUUAAAAUGCAUCCUUUGGAUGCAACAGCAGUGGAUGAUGUAGAGAUCAAAAGCAAACACAAGAGCCAUCCACCUCACCCUCUCGUGGCUCACUGUAGACAGAUUUUGACUCGUUGUGAUGCGUGUGGGGAGAGACAUGAUGGUUUCUUCUUCUCCUGCCAACAAUGUAAAUUCUGGAUUCAUCAAGACUGCACCAUACUGCCUACCACUCUCAACCUCCUCUCUAAUCCUUGGCCUUUCCUUCUCGUAUAUUCUAUUCCUGCCAUUUCCCAAUAUUAUGAGUGCAUCGUUUGCCUCAAAUCCUUGCUUCCUACCCAUAAUGCCAUCUAUUUGUGUCCCCAAACCUUCCAGUUUUCUCAUGUCAGAUGUGGACUCGAGAAUAUUCAAUCCAAAACAAGGCUAGAGUUGAUCCAACUGCCGGAUGACGAGUUUGACACAUUUCCAAGUUUGGAGAUCCGUACAUACUCCCAGCCUGAUGAGGAUCCUAGUCAUGAAAAUGAGAAUUUUCAUGAGCAUCCUUUGAUCCUAGUUGGUGAUGAGGAAGAUGGUCACACUUACAAACUAGUGUGUGAUAUAUGCAUACAAACCAUUACUAUUCCAUCUCCAUUUUACAGAUGCUCUCAACAAACUGGCGGCUGCUCUUUCCUUGCUCAUAAAGUUUGUUCAGAGCUUCUCCCCAUUAUCAAGUUUGUGAUUCCAAUUGGUUAUGGCAGAGAUACAAUUAUGGCAGAACCUUGUCCAAACCAGGCCAAAUGGUUCUUCAAUUCAAUUUUUUUCUGUAUGUUCUGCCAUCUUCCUUGCAAUGCACCUUGCUACUUCUUUUCUGAGAUAGUUUUUCGUUUGUAUGAUAUCCCCUGCAUGAUGGUUAAUCUGUCGUGCAUGGCUGCUCCAAGCAUUAUAAAGCACAUCUCACACAGUCAACACCUUCUCUUUCGCACCACUGCCUAUAGGCGUGCCUCCCCCGUCAGUUGUUGUUCCCGUGGCUGCUUUCUUUAUGAUGUCUAUAAGUGCACUAUCUGUGAUUUCUGCAUUCAUAUAAGGUGCGCCUUGCUACCAAAAAGGGUUCGUUUUCGUGAAUUCGAUCAACAUCCACUGAACUUGAUCACUACCGGUACUAGUAAUAGUAGUGGUAGUGAUCAUGAUAUAUGUGAGGUGUGUGAGGAGGGUAUAGAGUGCAAGUAUUGGUUCUACCACUGUGCUAAAUGUGACUACUCUUUUCACAUAAACUGCAUUCCCUCGGUUGGCUAUUUGUCCAAAGUCAAGUUUGGAGGCAAAUUUGAUAUUCCUUGUCACUCUCAUACUCUCACACUUAAACGGAUGCUUACUUACGGAAGAAAUGAGAAGUGUGGGCAUUGCCACAAAAUCAUUCCGGGAUUGGUAGAUCAAGCGGCUUUCUCCUGUUCACAAUGCGAUUAUUGGAUUCAUUUUUCUUGUGCAAGGGAUUCAUUCACCUCCUCCCAGGAUUGUACAUCCUUGGUUUUCGAGGAAAUCAAUGAAGGGGUAAUAAGCUUGAUGGAGACCGACGAGAUUAACUAACUGAUACCGGCAUAGUAUCAACAAAGGAGGCGACGGUUGUAGAGAAUCCAUAGAUAGAACCAAGUGCCGAGGAGGAGCUGCCCUAGGUGAUAGAAUAUUAGAAUCAGGGACCGAGGAGGAGCUUGCGUCGAGUGGACAAGUGUCACCAAGGAAGGAGAAGGAGGAGAAGAGGCAGCGCCAUUCUGUAAUGUGAAUAUUCAAUCAGAAUCAGAAUCAGAAUCACCUUAUUUAAUUUUGCCUCUUUACUUUAUCGCAAGUUUCGUUCUUCCCAAACCCUAGUUUGGGCAAAUCCCGGUUGCUCGACGGAGACAUUCAGCGAACUGACCACAUCUAUCCCCACGAUCUUGUUUAUGUGUGUUGGUUUUACAAACUUUGAUUUGGCUCUCUUUUUUUAGUCUA